AUGUUUGAAACACAGUCAUUUUCAUGUUCUUCUAAGAACAGUAAUGAACCAUCCCAAGACGAGAAUAAGUGGAUUGCCAAAAGGCAAUGUAGCUGUUCUUUUGUAAGUACUCCAUUACUCUGUGUUAACAAAGCUAUUCAUCACAUUGAAAAGUUAGAACUGAAGAUGGAGAAAUGCUUUCAACAGCAUGGUUCUGUGUUUAAAGAGGAGAAGAUGCCAUGGAUAACAAAACAGGUCCAUGCUGAACCUACUGAAGAUACCUGGUUAUCAUUAUCCACUAAACUGGAUUUUGAAGAAGCUCCUGUAUCUUGUGACGAUGGCAAGGCAUUAACCUUGAAGCAGGAAACAGGGGCAUUGCUAUUGGAAGUUACUGAGCUAAUUAAACAGUUGGAAGCUGAUUGUGAGGAGGCAGAAAAAGCUUUGGAGUUGGAGAAACAGCGAGGGAAAAAGCUUAGAAUGAAAAUUAAUUGUAUGUCACUUUGGAGGAUUCAGCAUCUUCCUGCAGCUGUGCAAAAAGAAUAUGAAAUUUGUCUUCAGGAUACCUUGGAGUUACAAUGGCAUUUUGAUUGUGAAAGCCGCCAGCUGCGACAGGUACAAAACCAAAUACUUCAAUUAGAAACAGAGAACAGAAAGAUUCAGGAGGAUAUAGACUUCAUGAAGAAACACAGCCCUCUGCUGGAAGAAAAGCUGAAUCUAGAGGGUGAAGCUGUGAAGGCUGUGUUAACAGCUUAUGAAGAGACAUCGAAAAAAUAUAGUGAUGUUCAGUGUGAACUCAUGGAAAUCCAACAGACAAUGAAAAAUAUUGAUGAAGAAUCUGAAAAGAAGAUAAAAUCUACGUAUGAAAAAAUUAAAUACGCUGAGAUGCUUUUGAGGCAAUACAAGAAUGAGUUAAAGCAUUCUGAAUUUAUUUGGACCGAAUACUGUAUGAAGUUAAAAGAAACAGAGGAGAAGAUUAUAAAGAAUGAAAAACACCUUGAGGAGUUAGUGAAGCAAAAAGCAGAAAUCCAGGAAGAUGCAAAAUGUUGGAACAGCAAAAUAGAAGAUUUGAAUAAUAAAAUAGCUGCCCAAAGAGAUGAGAGUGUAAAAAUAUCAGAUGCUUCUUCUGAAGUGAUUAAAGCUGUGGAACAAUUAAAAUCCACCAGGGAAAGUGACCUACAGCAUACAGAGCAGAAGCUUCUCAAUACUACUGAAGCAUUGGCUGUUUUGAAAUGUGAAAAUGAAGAACUAAAGGGAGAAAACAAAGCAUUUUUGCAAAACUUCAGAAAUAGUUCAGGAAUAAAGAAGGCUUCUCAGUCUGAGGUCAGAACUAUCUGCAAAAGCAUAUCUGAGAUUGAACAGCAAAUAGAGAGACUAAGUGAAGAUAUUGGUAAUGCUGAACAAUCCUACAGUGAAAAAAGGAGAAAUUAUGUGGACUUAAAAAAAAUCAAAGCUGCAGAAGAAACUGCUUACAAGAAAUCGGAGUGGAAUUUUAAAAAAGAAAUUCGAGAUCAAAGGGGAGUUUGGAAAAUGACUCAGGACAAAAUUAAAGCAAUAUCUGAUGAGCUGGAGGAAAAGCAAAAACAGACAUUCCAGAAAAGAGAGGAAGAUAUGAAGAAGAUAGAAAAGAUAGAGGGACAAGUAGCUGAUCUAGAAACAAAACUUAAAAAAAAAAAAGAUGUAUUUAAAGACAACCAUGAGAAGCUCUCCUCUUUGGAUCAGAGAGUACAAGAGCUAGAUAAACAGCAGAAGCAAACUGAACAACAACUGGAACAAAAAAGAAGUAUUAUGCAGCAACAAUUAAGUGAUAUACAGGGAAAAAUUUCAUGUGUUUGCAGUCAAAUUGCAGAAAACUGUCUCACUAUUGGAAAUUUAAAAAAUGAACUUAAAGAACUAAAUGAAUUGUGGAACAUGAAGCAAAUACAGAUGGAAAAUACAGAAAAAUCUUUCACUGAUUUGCAGAAAAAUUUAAGUGGUGUGAUAUUCAAGCAACAAAAUGUUCAGAUGGUAUUUAAUCAUCUCCAAGAUCAGCUAGCAGAAUAUGAGAAAAGGUUAAAGCAGGAAGAAAAAACAUGUGGAGAAUUACUACUAAUUAGAAAGAAAAACCUAGAAAAUUUGGAAGCUGCUCUGGAGCAAAUCAUAAAAGAAAAUCUGUGGUUAGCUCAAGAAUAUGAAAUCUUUCAGAACUACUUCUUAAACAACAAAGAAGAACUCACAAAACUCUAUGACAAUAGAAUCAGGUUGGAAGUUGCUAUUAGAGAUCAUCAGCAGCUGCGGGUGCUGCAGAGGCGGAGGCGGCGGGGCCUCUCCAUCCAGGCUGGGCUGGCGAGGAUCCAGGCAGCCUCUCAGGAGAACGCUCAGAAAAUAUUAGCUGUGCAGGGGGAGUUGUCAAAAGCAAUCCAGCACAUCACUGCUUUCUUGCGCUCUUUGACGGAUGGCUCGCCGACUACAGACAACAAUGCAAACAACCAUUGUAUCUUGGAUGCUGAAAUAAAAGACAAGAAAAGUCAUACAGUUCAGAUAACAGUGUAA